AUUGAAAAGAAUCGUAAACAUACAAAAUUUUGAUGAAGUGAAGUGACCGAAGUGACUCAUCUCUAAAGAGUAGAAAACUUUAGAAAACUAAUUUUUUCAUUUCAUAUUUCUAUAUAUUAUUAGCUUAUUUCAAACACCUGUCCCCUUGUUGAAAUCGAACAUCUUUUUAAUUAUUACUUUGCGUAGUGUUGGUGAAAGUUAUUCAAAACGGGGAACGAAAUGUCUGCGUCCGCAAUGGAAAAACACCUUUUUAACCUAAAGUUUGCAGUAAAGGAUCUGGAACGAAACGCAAAAAAAUGCGAAAAGGAGGAGAAAACAGAAAUUCUGAAAACCAAAAAAGCAAUUCAGAAAGGCAACACGGAAGUCGCCAGAAUUCAUGCAGAGAAUGCCAUCCGACAGAAGAGCCAAUCGCUAAAUUAUUUGAGAAUGAGUGCGAGAGUCGACGCCGUGGCUAGCAGAGUUCAAACGGCACUGACCACACGUCAAGUCACGAACUCCAUGGCCGGAGUUGUCAAGGCCAUGGAUGCUGCUAUGAAGGGUAUGAAUUUGGAGAAAAUUUCCGGUCUGAUGGACAAAUUUGAAUCACAGUUCGAAGAUCUGGAUGUGCAGAGUUCCUACAUGGAGAACACGAUGUCGCAAACCACUACCACCGCUGUGCCACAAAACGACGUGGAGGCAUUAAUGCAGCGAGUGGCGGAUGAAGCUGGUUUGGAGCUGAACAUGGAACUGCCUAGCGGUCCGACUGCCUCAGCCACCAUUGGAGUCUCAACGCAAGCAUCGACCGAACAAGACGAGCUGACGGCGCGUCUCGCGCGGCUGCGUCAGGCCGAAUAAAGGAUAUGGGAACACAAUAAGUAGCAUGGUUAAAAAAAUAGGAUGUGCUACAAAACACAGCUUUUGUGAUUCCGAUUACAUCAUCGCUACCUACGCAGCCGGAUAAAAUUAUGUUAAGGUGUUUUAUUCUGUUGUGAUCUAUACAUUUAUAGCCAAAUAAAUUUGGAAAAUAAGACAGAUAUAUAAUA